GGUCUGGACACCAUGUUAACAUGGAUAUAUUUUUUUCACAAAAAUGAAAGCGCAUUAAAAAAAAGAAAAAAGGUCUCGUCCUAAAUCAGCCAAGGACGAGAACCACAAGAAUUGGCUCUGCCCUCUGCGCGAUUCAGUCCACAGCGAACUCUCGCCUGAGUUGGCGAGACUCGAGUCUCAUCGAUUCCCCCCGCCCUGGUGGAAGUGGAACGGCGAUGGAGGAGCGGAUCGAGCGCCUCAUGAACGAAUCCGCUGCUGCUUCCUCCUCCAACUCCGACGAGGCAUCCCUCGACCUCCUCAGGUCAGGUUCCCCCGUCCCUCCUUACCCUCUAUCUGUGCUGAAACCUAAUCAUGUACCAGGCCAGCUGCUUCGUUAGAAACCGCGAUUCGGGGGGCGGGUCGAUAGUGGUAGUGAUUUCUAGAUGAAUUUGCCGGUGGGAUUACAUGCCCCCGUAUGCUUUAGACGGAAUGCGCAAGUCAAGUCAGGUGCGGUGGGGGCUUCCAUGGCGCCGUGCGGGGAAGGCGUACGGCUGCUACUCGGUGGUGACUCUCGGGUGCAGAUUGCCGCAGCGUGAGGGGAGUUGGGCUUGUGCAUGCCGGGGUCCUGCCAUAGGAAUGCUUGGCACCACUUACUGGAUCGGUUCUUCACAGUAGUCGGAAACAACGCCGUGGUGCACGGUUUGAACUAGAUGGUACGCUUCCUUAUGCUACGCGAGAUGUGAGAAAAUGUAAUGCAAGGUGCCUUAGGUCAUAACGAAGGUUAUUGCUCGUGCUCCAGAUUUUGAGGUGAUAGAUUAAAGUAUAUGCUGUUAGUUGAUUGUUCAAUUGGCACUGGGAUGAUCAACUAGCAUUAAUCACCUUACACACGCAUUAAAGAAACCAUUCAUUUGGAAUUUUCCAAAAAGCUUAUGUAUAGAUUCUUCACUCCAUCGGAAUUAUAGGGCCAUUAUGAGUAUAAUUGAUAGUAGUAAAGCACAACAUUCGUUCUGGUCUGGGCUAGCAGUUUCUGCUAUCUGGUUGCUUUACUUUCAGAUAAAUUUAGUUUAAUGACGCAAGGAAAGAUCCCUUCACUAUUAGAUGAGAUGGUCACCAUUUAGCAGAAAAUGUAACAAUUCAUUGAUGCAUAAUUAUUUAGGAAUACAAAUGCUGUGGUUCAUGCCUAUGUUAUUUCUGGGGAGGAUUAUUUGGCUCAGAUAUGCUUCAAUCUUUUAUAAAUAACUCAAGAUCUAUAAAUAUAUUACUCCAAAGAGUGGAAGCCAUCUUGUAGUGGGCAUGCAAAGUCCUUACUAGAAAGCUUUUACCUUGAGAUGCUGAUAAUAUGAUUCAUCAUAAACUUUUGCAUUCACUAUGUGAAUAUUCGCUUUCUUCUAGUGUGAUAGUACAACACAAUGGCCCCUCUUAUUUCUGAGCAUACAACUUAAACUAUAUUACAUUGUGUAUUUCUUCAGGAACUGAAAAUUGUAAUUUGGUCACCUUUUGGACGUAUGAUGAUUCUGUGUUAAUUAAAACUGCUGAUAUUGGUCAGAUGAUUAUGGUAAGAGGAGAAAAUGAUCCUGCUCCAGAAGGAGUUGAGUACAAGCAUGGGCUUACUCCUCCAAUGAGGGAUGCAUGCAGGCAGAGUUGGUUAAUCAAGUUGAGAAGCAUCUCAUCAAUAUUAUGCACGGAGUAUCUGUCAAAUGCCAAUGUAAUCGGAGGCGAGGAAGGCAGUGAUCGUAAGAAAGCUGCAGUGGCUCGUGCAACCAAGCUUGAUGUUCCAGAGCCUGCUGCAAUUGGCGAGGAAGCUGAACCUGAGAGGAGCGACUCGGAUAGUCGGAUGAGUCCGUGGACCUAGAGAAUUGAAGUGGACCUCAAUAGUGCAGCUUCAGUGGGCAGGCGAGCCAGGUUAAACUUUGCAAUUUAAGUCAGAGUGUAUAUCACAACAAAGAUGUCUGUUGACUGUUGUCACUCAUGCAUCUUGUUGACUAUUAUCGAAAAUUAAUCUUAUCAGCAUGUGUGGGAGUUUACUCCUCCGUUGUAGCGUGGGAUGUUGUGUUGAUAUGUGGUAACGACAGUAAGACAUUGAUGCAAAUGCUGUGGGCCUGAGUGCCCUCUUUUGCACGGACAUGAAUCCUGACUUCAAGACUGAAGGCAGAUGUAAACACUAAAUUGUGCCUCACGCUAUACUGAAAUACGGUCCAUCAUUGUAGCUAAUGCACUAGCCGUCACUUAUUUAUUACGGUUGUAGGUGUUCACCAGAUACUGUAGCACCAGAUCCAAUGGCUCAGCUGCAUGUGAAGUCACCUGACUUCAAAAUCCUCCAUAGUCAGAGGAUCUCAAUCCCAGUCGCAGGACGUGCUUCCAAAUCCUCAUUUUGGCUGAUGUCCGUACUGUUCCUAAUACGGUCCACCAGUAGUAGGUUUAGUUCCAUAUUUCUUAUUCUAUUACCCCGUAACAGAAAAACAUCUGUAUACUGUGUAUGCAGAAUAGACUUGACCAUAUAUAUACACACCACUCAGUCAUUUAAAUUUGAAUAUUUAUUUAUUAACUGUGCGUAUUGAAAAGAAACACGAGAUUUUAUACAGAUUCAGAUAUCUUGAUAAUAACCUUAUGUGUUGUCUUUAUUAAACAAAAGCAAUUUUAAUAAGGUGUGUCUAGAUCUAUUUAUAUAAAUUUUGGUGAGUUCUCUCGUAUUCUAAAUAUCUUAUUAGAUGAAUCUAAUCAUAGUUUAAAUCAGUUGUGGAUUUCAAUAAAUUGCUUUUGCUUCUAUUUUACCCCGUAUUGCUUUUGUUUAACGCUUUCUCUGGCUUCUUUUGCCCUUUCUUGGCGUAUCUUAUCUCUUCCUUAUAUAGUCGGGUAAGGAUAUAUCAUAUUUCUAGUAAUUUCUCAAUUGCUAAUUAUCAAGUCCUCGUCAACAAUAAUAAAGUUGGAAGAAACGGUUAGGAUGUAUUUCUGUCUUUUGUUCAAUUUAAUUUUCUUUGAUGCUGUACCACAUUUGUGGGAACGCAAAUCACCAUGUCACAACAAUAUUAACCAAGUCAAAGCAUUCAUAGCUCAAUAUCUGGACUAGGUCUUAGCAGAAAGAGUCAGAUUAAUACUAAAAUUGUCCUUAAAAAACAAAACUUCCAUUUGGUUAUAGUAUCUUGUGACACAGUCCUAAUUUUCGCACGUAUACGUACGGAGUAUAUUAGAUGCAUGUGCAUUGACGUAGCAUAUAGAUAAAUGGGUUAGUAAACCAAUACCUGUGCAAUGAAACGGGUCUGUAACAGAGAAAUAGAUGAUAAAUGUAUAAUUAUUUCUUACGAUUAUAAAAUAUAUAUGGACAAGAUCCAUUGCCGCACUCUAAACGAGGUAAACCUCAGGAAGUUUCUAAAUUAUAACUGUUUUUGUCCUCUAAAUUUGCGAAAGAAAAGAGAUAUUUCGGACUACUGUAUGGUUAAUUAUAGGACGGUACCAAACAUUAGAGAUAGCGCGUCACUAUCUUGUCAUCUUGUGGCCUUAGCUUUAGUAUAGACUUUAGGCUAAGAUUUGACUCUAUGGAGAUUUAUAACUAAACGAGAUGUGAGCUUACGAAGUUAUGAUUAUCGGUACACUUGUUUUGUCCGUCAACCUCAAAGUCUAAUACUCUUGUUGAGCCGAGUCAUGUUAGCUUAUAUACUAUAAGCAGGGAGUAGCUUUCUCAUGACCCCUUCAUCUCAUACAGGGAGAAAUGCUGGUACAUUAUUUCCCCAAUUGCCAAUGAUGUGUAUACUAAUUGAGGCUACCUGGUCAGAUUAAAGCCUAAUGAGAGUUUCUUACCGAAAGAAGCAAUAACACUCAUGGGCUAUAUGCAAUUUAUUUACGCUAGGAUGAGAACCUGCUCACUUCUAUUCAUAGCAUAGACGUUUGAUGAUGGUUUGUACCCCUUGCGAGGGAUUAGAAUGGCUGCCGAGUUUCUUGUCAUGCUCGUUCUUCUCAAACCGAAGACCGGCAAUUUAGGAGUCCUGCCAUUCCUGUGAUUUCAGCUUGUAUCAUUCUUUCUAUUUUCCCUUUCCUUCUCCUUUUGCGAGUGGACAAACAUGUCAGGUCUACAUGACUCCAGUGUUGGUCCUCCUCCUCAUCGUGGAUGCUGCGGUGCCUGUGCCUCUGCGUUGUGCAAGAUGGUGAAGGGCCUUUUACAUGUAGCGAUUGUAUUUAUCCUAUUCCUUAUGAUUUUUCUUGGAUAUGAAGAUUAUGGCUUCAGUGCAAGUAUUACUCUUGAAUCACUGGCAUUCCCUGCCGUUGCUUGCCUAUACUUUUGCACCUCAUCAAAUCGGAAGGAGAGGACAAUUUCCGCAAUAUUUCUUGCUGUACUUGCUGUAGUGAUCGUUGCAGCUGCUCCCAGCGCCAAGGACAAGAUUUCUUCUGUAGCUGUCAUUUUCGUCUGCAAUUGCGUGGCCCUAUCGGUGUACUGCAUCUGGAAGUUUUGUGCACUAGUGAAGCCUUGUCUCCGAUGCCGUCGUGCUCGUGGCGCGGCAGCUGCUGCUGCGGCGGCGGCGCCGCCGCCGCCGCUUUUACCGGUGCAACAAGAAGAAGCAGGGUGUAGUCCCGUGCAACAGACCACGUUCCGCAUCGAGGAGCUGCCGCGGGAGUUCUCGUACGAAGAGAUUCGAGCUGUGACCGGUGACUUCGGAAGUAUGGCGGGGCGUGGCGGCUCCGCCGAAGUCUUCCGUGGCCUCCUCGACGACGGCACGGCGGUCGCCGUCAAGCGGAUCAGCAGCGACAAGCCCGUCGGCGAGGCUGACUUCCUCAGAGAGAUCUCCAUCGUGGCGAACGUGCAUCACCGCAGCCUGGUGCGCCUCCUCGGCUACUGCCUCCUGCGCGGCGGCGCCGGUCAGUAUCUGGUUUACCCGUUCUUCGAGAACGGGUCGCUGGACUGGUGGCUGUUCAACGGCGAGGAGAGGAGGCGCCUCCUGCCCUGGCCGACGAGGCGCCGCAUCGCCGUCGACGUCGCCAGGGCGCUCGCGUACCUCCACCACGAGUGCCACCGGCAGAUCCUGCACCUCGACAUCAAGCCGGCCAACAUCCUCCUCGACGGUGGCCUCCGGGCGCACGUGUCGGACUUCGGCAUCUCCAUGUCCAUCGCAUGGGACCUGACCAGCGUCGACACCUGCGGGAGGGGCACCCCCGGGUACAUGGCACCGGAGAUAUGGGCCAGCGCGCUGUCCUCCAAGUCCGACGUGUACAGCUACGGCAUGACGCUCCUCGAGCUCGUCGGUGGGCGCCGGAGCUUCGUGCCCGGCGGCGCCUCGUCCAACACGCCGAGCUUCUUCCCGUGCGUCGUGUGGGAGAAGAUGGCGCGAGGCGACCUCAUGGAGGUGGUGGACGCGGCCAUGGCGUGCGUGGACGAGGGGGAGGUGGAGGCGGUGGUGAAGGUGGCGCUCUGCUGCGUCCAGCACCAGCGGAACAUGAGGCCCAGCAUGCUAACUGUUAUGGACAUGCUCGAAGGACGUGUCCCCGCCGAUCUGCCGCCGGAGAGCCGUCCGCCGUCCGUCGUGAAUUUCACGGAGCCACUUUGGUCGCCAGCCACGCACGAUCGGUGACAAUCAGGCCUCUUUAUUUCAAAAAUUUGUACUUUUAAAGUUCCACAGCAACUUGUCCGUAUAUUGCACAUCUGCACUUAGCAGACAGUGUACAGAAGA